AUGUCGAACCCGUUCAAGCCUGGCACAGGAGGCCUCUACGAUGAGGAUCCAGGCCAGGGAGCGCCUCCGUCCGGUGCCUGGGGCGGAGCGCCCUCCGUCCCGCCAGCGGCCCUCGAGGGACAGAUCGCGCGGCCUCCGCCCCCGCCGCCCAAGAAGAAGGGCCUGUUCUCGCGCGGGGCACAGGACCCGCCCCCGCAGCCCCCCGUGGCGUCCGCGCCGCCCCCCGGCAUGGACCGCGAGCAGUACCUGGCGCAGCGCGAGCAGCAGCUGAACCAGCGGGAGGCGGAGCUGGCGCGGCGCGAGCAGGAGAUGCGUUCGUCGGGCUUCAAGAAGAACAACUGGCCGCUGUUCUGCCCCAUCAUCCGCCACAACAUCAAGGAGGACAUCCCCGAGGACUGCCGCCGCGUCGUGCGCCUCGGGUACCUGACGUACCUGGCGACGGUCGUCAUGUGCGUGUACCAGUUCGUGGCGGUGUCGUGCGCGUUCGCGACCGAGGGCGGCGACGUGAUCGACGACUGGUUCCUGUCCCUGAUCGUCGGCGGCUUCACCAUCCCGCUGUCGCUGCUGCUGUGGUACAUUCGCCUGUACAACGCGUGCCUGAAGGGGUCCUCGCUGACCUUCAUCGUCUUCUUCGUCUUCUACUUCGUGCACAUCGUGUUCUGCGUCGUCAUGGCCAUCGCCCCGCCCAUCCGCGGCGACGGCUUCUUCAUGACGGGCUUCCUCUCCGCCAUCAAGCUCCUCGACCGGGACGACGACAAGUGGGUCGGCGCCAUCUACAUCAUCGGGGCCGCCCUCUGGUCGGGUCUCACCGCGGGCUGCGUGCUCGUGAUGGGCAUGGCGAACUCGACGUUCCGCGGUGCCGGCGGGACCGCGGCGGCGCGGCGGGAGGCCAACGCGCGCGCGGCGCGGGGCGCUGCGGACUACUACGCCAACAGCCAGGUGCAGAUGCAGCCCACGGGCGGGGGCGGCGCCGCGAACUACGCGUAG